AUGUACAGUAUACCCACCAUGUCCAUCAACGCGCGCCCCGCCCUCAACCGUAGCCUCUCCUCCAGCAGCAACAUCCCAGGAAUCCGGCCCUUCUCAAUCGCCAUUCCAGCCCGCCGGGCAAACGAAUCGCGUCUACCUCCGCGACCGCGGGGCUAUCUCGCAGAAAAAGGCCCAUUCCCUUACCGAGAACGUGCGACGUCGUACGAGUGUAUUCAUACACCUUCGGCGUCGGGGUCAGGGUUGUCGAGUUCUGCGGAGGUGGAGACAUUGAGGGUCAAGAAUGUUGAGCAGAGGGGAAAGAUUGAGGCAUUGCAGAGGGCCAUGUCAGAGCUUGUUGGGGAACGCGGGCAAUGA